AACCCCUCACUCUUUGUUACUGUCCAAGCCGCCGGCCUCCGGAGACUCCCCCAGAUGCUGGGGCUGCUUGGGCGUGGUUUGCAUUGAGUUGGGGCCAGAAGAAUGGGGACUGGAGUGUUUCCUUGGUGACCCCCACCCCUCUCCACCCACCCCUGCAAGCCAGCCCUCUCUCCUGGGCCUGUGUGCUGGAAGGGGGACAAGGGAGUAAGUGCUCUGCAUUAUUAGCCAGAGAUGUGGCCUCAUCAUUUUAAAGUGAAAUUUCAGACUGAGUUGAGCUCCCUCCUGCAACCCCGAGGGUCGCAGGCUGCUGGGGCGGGCAGGGUUGUGGGUGAGGUCUGCAGGGGACUUCUGCUGAGCAGAUGUGCAGGGCCCUGCAACAGCCCAUGAGCAUGGAUUUGUUUUGGAGACUGUUUUGGGUCUGUGGGAGGAGGGGUUCCAGGGCUCUGGAGGCCACAGGCAUGAUGCUCCGGGUCCUGGUGGGGGCCGUCCUCCCUGCCAUGCUGCUGGCCGCGCCCCCACCCAUCAACAAGCUGGCGCUGUUCCCAGACAAGAGUGCCUGGUGUGAGGCCAAGAACAUCACUCAGAUCGUGGGCCACAGCGGCUGUGAGGCCAAGUCGAUCCAGAACAGGGCGUGCCUGGGACAGUGUUUCAGCUACAGCGUCCCCAACACCUUCCCUCAGUCCACAGAGUCCUUGGUGCACUGUGACUCCUGCAUGCCGGCCCAGACCAUGUGGGAGAUCGUGACCUUGGAGUGCCCCGGCCAUGAGGUGAUGCCCAGGGUGGACAAGCUGGUGGAGAAGAUCUUGCACUGCAGCUGCCAGGCCUGCGGCAAGGAGCCCAGCCACGAGGGGCUGAAUGUCUACGUGCAGGCCGAGGAGGGGCUGGGCUCCCCGCCAGGCGCCCACCCCCACCCCCACCCUGGUGGGCAGAGCCCCGAGCCCCAGGAGACUCCAGGGGCCCCCCACAUUGAAGAAGAGGGGGCUGAGGACUGAGGCCCUCGCUCUUCCUCCCCUCGCGCCCUCUGGGGGGUGUUGGUGAGGGCAGAGGCGGAAGCUCCCGCACUGGAUGAACUCGGAUUCAGACUUGGACUUGGAAUGCCAUCUGGUUGCCAUGGACACCUCAAGGGGAGGCGUCGGAGCCCAAGCCUCCCAAUUUAAUAUAUUGAAGAGUCGGGGUGGGGGAGGAAGUAGAAGUCUUCAGGGCUCCUUUUGGAAGCGGGGCGGUCUUUCCUUUCUGCCUUGUAGAGGUGUCUUGGGAGCGGGGAGGAAGUUGGCCGAGCCGCUGAGGAGAGUGAGGCCUUCCAAGAUGGUGGGCGCAGACCAGGGCCCGCGCUGCCCCUGGUGGGGUAGGAUCCUCAGGGCGGUGUGAGAUGGGGCAGCCGGGGGCCCUGAGCUCGGUGAGGGUGGCACUGUGUCAGCAGGAAGACUAGGCGAGGAAGCCCGUUGGCAGAGUGGGACGCUGCAGUCCCCCAAGUCUCCCUGAAGGCCUCACCCGGACACCUCACCGUCAGGGAAUCAUCCGCCCUGGGCACAGAGUGUCCCCCCACCCCUUGGGGUGUUUUGGGAGUCAGGCCUGGCAGGACCCAGCUGACUCGGGGCACCAGAGCUGGGGCCAGGCUCUCUGGGCCUUGCUCUGGCUUCCUUGGCUGCCAGCGUUGGGGACGGUGUUGCAGGGCCUUCCUGGGCCCCCGGCAGGGAGCGACCCCAGAUCAUCACGAGUGCCCCUCCCGGUAGAGACUGCAGUGGCUCCAGGCCUCUCAGAGAGGGUGCCAGGGUGGCGGAGAGAGGUCUCCCUCACUGGAGGGUCUCAGCAGGACCUGAGUGGAUGCUGGCUGAGCCUCUGGGAGCUUCAGGACAGGGUGGACCCUGUGGGUGACUUGUGGCCUCGGCUCUUGAGCUCCCCAAUUCCGCCCCCCACCCAGCAGCACUUUAAGCCUAGAGGGAUGUGGGACCCAGGCCAGGGUGGGCGGCAGGCGGUGAAGCUCCCUCUGCCCCCUGAACUGCCCACACCACUCUCGUGUGCCCAGGGUGAUGCCAGCCCCCCACCCCUGCCAGGGGUAUCCGGCCCCUCGGCUGUUCCCAUGGACGAGAGCUUCCGUAGAGCUUGUAACCAGUAGGCUCCCCCCAAGGACCCCGAGAUUUCUUAUGAAUUAAAUGCCUUCAAUGCC